UAUAAAUUAAUUCAAAAAAAAAAAAAAAAAAAAUUUAUUAAGAAAAUCUAGCACAAAAAUGUUUAAUAAAUAAGCCAUUCAAAAGAAAAUUGUGUGUAUAUAAGAUGUUUCCAAGUAGCAAAUAGAGUUCAAAGUGUUAAAACAACAACGACAGCAGAUUCACAUAAAAUCCCUCACUCACCAGAAUUUCUAUAUAUCAUUUAAAAAGCAAAAAAAAAGAUGUUCAUUAAAAAUACCAGCCCCUUGUUAGGAGGCCCAUAAGUUAUUGUGUAAUAAUUUCGGAUACUUAGAUGCAAUCCAAAAAUAAAUAAAACAGAAGAGAAAAAAAAUCAGACCUUAAAGAUUUCAUCUUAGGCCAGAUACCACCAACUACAGAGGGAGAAAAACGAAACCAAAAAACAAAUACAAAUACAAAAAAUAAUCAGUAGCCAAAUAAGCAAAGGACCACCACACCACAAGGAACAAGAAAUAGAAGUUAAAGAAGUUUUGCGAAAAAAAACCAAAUAAAAACGCAACAACAUCGUGAAAAGCCGUAACCCACAUUUUUCUGCCACCACUCAAAGGCAUAUCAACGAUAGUGACACCAGCACGAACAACAACAUCAAUGCUCUGAUUAUAGCUGACUGGAUAAUUACAACAAGUAUAACAACACACUGAGAAACGAAAGCAAAACUCAAGUCAGGCAAACAGUUUUUUUUUUUUUUCUUCAGAGUCAUGACCUGUUUUUGCCUGCAGCCCUUAAACUGUGUGGACAUGGCUUGCAUGCUCCUCAAGUCACUGUAGCCAGAGCUGUCAAUGUAAAUUUGAAUUUUAAAUAAUGAACUAACAUUUGCAAUGACGUCGACUCCAUAUGCCGGGCCUUAAAUACGAGUUUUGGAGCUAAGGAAAACUGUUGUGGAAAAAGAAGCCAACAAAAAAAGAACGGAAGAAAAACAUUGAAAGAGAAAAUAGGAAAAAAGGAAAUUGAGAAAAUCUGACACCCACCCAGCCCUGGUUGUAUGGCAUAAAGAGCCACAGCCGUUGAGUGGAAGAAUAUAAAAAAAAAACAAAAAACACAACAACAACAACAAAUACCAUUCGUUUUUUUUCUGGGUCAAUUCAUAUUGGAUUACGUGUUGCCAGAGAAUUCACCAACAAAGUAUGGUCAUAUGUUAAAUGUAUUGAAAAGGCCAGGCAGGACCAAGUAAACGGUUUUUUUUGCCCUUUACUACCCAAAAAAAAAAAAAGAAGAAGAGAAGAGGAAAAACAACAACAAAAAACACCAAACAAAGGCCAAUAAAUUUUAAACAAACAAAGUAAACAUUCACAUAUGAGUUUGACAAACAAAAGACAGCAACAACAACAACAACAACGAAUUUGAUUUUUUUUUCUUCUUCUUCUGCUCGAUUUUGGGGCCCAGAGAAGUACACAGUUUGGCCUAAGCAAACAACACCCUCACAAGCAAACAACCAAUCCGACUGGCUGGCAAACUUUAUGGAGAUUGUGUUUUUUUUCAUGUUUCGACAAACAUUAGCAAAAACAACAACAACAACAAUUUUGACUGCUGGUCAAAAUAAAUUUUGAAAUUGAACUAAAUGUCUGUUGGCUGGGCCCGAAAAUAAAUUCGUUUGCAAAACACACCGCUCACACACACAGCGCCGAACAUUCCUAUCUCUCUAUGGAUGGCCAACAAAAAGGAAACGGAAAUAGCACAACAACGGAUAUAUCCAAACCUCUGUUAAACACACACACACAGAGACACACGUACACUCACACACACUCCCAGCUAGCUAGCUAGUCAAUGUCAAUGAGCGAUGGCCAAAAUUUUAAAUCACCAAAACUCUCAUAAACUAAAAGCAGAGGCAGCAGCAGCACUACCACCAGUUGUAGUUCGGCAACACGACGCGGAAGAGGAAAGGGACGGCCAAGCAGCAGUAACAUAUCCCCAGGCCCAUACAACAAAAAUAGGCUUGGAAACUUUUCCACAAACUUUUCAGUGCCGAAAUCUGCAGCAGCAACCAAAAAAAUCUCAUCAUGAGUCACAGCCGAAUGACGGGAAGCAACAACAUGGCAAAGGCCAGCAACAGCAACAUUGUUCACACAUUAACACCAACACCAAGCGGGCACAAUUGUUGCCACAGCUAACAACAACAACAACGAUGCAACAAAAAGUGCCAGCUCAACACCUGCAAGCAGUAGCGGAAAAAACCAACAACAACUAUAAAUCCAUAGUAGAACCUGCCUCAAAGACUUAUAACUCAACGACAAUGCCAUCAUCAUCCUCGUCCUCGUGCAGUAGCUCACUGGCCGGGCCCAACUCUCCAUCAUCAUCAUCACCAUCGUUAUAUCUACCCCAACUCUGGCCCCCCUCCUCGACUCUCUACUCCAACUACAGCUGUUGUGUUCUAACCUAUAAUCUCUUUGCAGCCUAUGCUGAGGCUGCUACGCUACAGCUGAAACGCAAAACCUCACUGACAAAACUCUUCUAUGCCGCCAGUGGCUGGGGUUGGACCACAACUGGGGUGCGACGUCACAAUGACAUGAGCAGUAUUUGUUAUUUAAUACUCAUGGCCUUUGUCUAUUGGGGUGUUAUGAUUCGGGCCGCAGUGGCCACGAAUUUGAGUAGCAACAACACCACCAGCAGUAGCUCGUCAGCAUCCUCAUCAUCGUCAGCCUCCUCAACAACAACUCUAAAUACCACUCUGCAGCACGUUUCGGAAAUAAGUGGCAAUGAAGAGUUCGCCUUGAAUUCCAUAGCCAAACUGUUUGCAUUGAAUCCCGAGGAGAUGCCACAAAAUGCCAGUCGAACGACGGAUCUGAUCACCGGCAACUCUGUAAAUUCUCAAAUGGAAAGUCUUUUGCCAUUUCUCUCUUUCUCCUCCUCUUCUUCUUCUUCUGCUUCGUCGUCGUCGUUACCUGUCUCUCCGGAUAUUUUAAGCAAUUACCAGCGACGCCUAUUAACACGUCGUGAAGCCGCCAAUGUGCCUGAUUUCGAUGAUGAUGAUUCCAGUUAUCAUGAUGAUGAGUUCGAUGAAUAUGAGACGCUAAUUCGUAAUAAAUCUGCCAAAGGUAAAUAUAUCGGUGCUCCGUGCAAUAAUAUGUCGUGCGAGCCCACUUUGUUGCAUGUCACCUGUGAUAAGGAGACACAAAUAUGCGGCUGUGAAAGAGGUUAUCCCGUACAAAUUGGUUUGACCAGGGGAUGCGAUAAACCCAAGAAACUGGGUGAAAUGUGUUUCUACGACGAGACAUGCCAGUUCAACGAUGAAAACUCCCUUUGUGUUCAGGUGCGUCACAAUGCAAUGUGCCAGUGUGUGAAAGGCUAUCAUUCGGUGAGCUUAAAUAAACCAACACGUCGUGUCUUCUGUACUCCAGAUCUAGACGAAUUAAAUUCCGAUCUGCCAACACUGCUAGGAGUUUGUGUUGGCAUUGGAGUACUAGCCGGUCUAAUCUGCAUGGUAUUGCAUCUGUUUAGUAAAACUAAAUAUCCACGUCAUCGGAAUUUCGGUGAUGCCAAUUUACCGCCACCUAUAAUGUAUUCAAGUGAAACAGGUAUCCACCAUCAACGUCAUUACACAGUGCAAUCCGGUCGUCCAUCAUCACGUUCGAGUAUACGCUCCAGUGGCGGCUCAAUCGGUUCCUAUGGCAAUCGUCGCUCGUCCACGGGUGGUGUUACAUCAACAACGGCCGGUUCCAAGGGCAUACUGGUCUCCACGUCACGCACAGGUUCUCGAAGACCAAGUCUAGCGUCUGUCCAUAGUACAAGUUCGUCCGUUCGCAGUUAUAGCAUGAUGCGUUUCGAAAAGGAACAACAACAGAAGGAAAUACGUCAUGAGAUGAAAUUACGUUUGGCCCGAUUGCAACAGCAGCAACAACAACAACAAUUGGGCCAAUAUAAACCCCAAAUCAUAAUUGGCGAUACGGCCAUGACAAUGCAACAGCAUGGUGUGGCCCUGAAUCGCAUUACAAUGGCCACCCCCAGUCCCAUGACGCCCAACUCGACGGAUGAACUGUUGCCGGCUGUGGAUGAAAAUUCAGAGUAUCCCCCCACAAUGGAACCACAACAAACAACCACAAAAACCGCAUGUCCCGAAUCGGUGGCAUCGGCAACCAUAAGUGCUAUAAAAAAUGCUGCUACCGGCUCCCAGUCAACGGGUGCAAGUCCCAAACAAACAAGUACAACAACACAUAAUAUAACGGCAACUGGUAAAGCUAUCAGUGCCGGGCCCGCUCCUACUGCUGCUGCUGCUGCCUCAACAGAUAUGGCUAAUGCUGCUGCUUAUAUAGGACCCUGCAGUUCAUCAACAGAAGCGCUUUAAACAUGAACUAUAUAUAUACACAUACACAAACAUACGCUCAUACUGAGUAAAUAUUUAUAUGUAAAUGCUAAGUAAACCUACCCCACCCCCUGGUCUGAGAAUAUCCCCCUAUUUGAAAGUAUUAUCCUCUAUAAGAUACAAAAAAGAAACAAUUUCAAAAACCCAAAAAAGGCUUAAAAAAUAUUCAAAACAAAAACGAAAAAUAGAAAUUAUUUUUUAAAAGACAAGAGAUAAAACUGAUCAAGCAUCUAAUAUGAAUGAAGUUUCAGAAUAGUAGUAUAAUAGGGUGGAAUGUGGAAAUGUUAUUUUUUUAAAAUUUUAAGUAUUCGACGUCAUUCGUUCCAAAUAUAUACAAAACUUGCUUCAAGAAUUCUGGAUACUUACAGCCUGUUCCACGAUAUCGAAAGAAAAGUAGUGCGAACGAAAACUAGUCACUCAAUUUCGUAUCAGAAUGCGUUCCACUAACAUUCGUUCGUUCUUUCGCAUAGCAUUACGUGACCCAGUGUUGCUAAAUAUAAUUUUGAAAAAUUAAUCGCGAAACUAAACGAAAAAAGCGCCAAAAUGACAGAUUUAAACGCCAAAAAGCCGUAAAAAUACAACCAUACAUCAGCUGACUCUCUCUGAAGUGACAGUUCUGUUGUAAACAAAGAAAUUGUAAAUAAACAAAGAAAAUAAUAUUCCGAG